CUUCUCAAUUCUCAUCACAGACGGACACAAACACAUAAUAUAAUCCAAAACCAGCAAAAAGGUUUUCCGGUGACCAGAAAGAAUGGCUUCUUUGGCAGCGUCGACCGCGGCGGCCUCCCUCGGUGUGUCUAAAAUGCGUGGUAACCCACUCAACUUAUCCGGUGCAUCUAGGACGGCUCCUUCGGCUUCCAGUCCUGCCACUUUCAAGACAGUCGCUCUUUUCCAAAAGAAGAAACCUGCACCCAAGGCUAAGCCUGCCCCCGUCACCCCGGCUUCCGACGAGCUCGCCAAGUGGUACGGUCCUGAGAGAAGAAUCUUCUUGCCAGAAGGUCUUUUGGACCGAUCAGAGAUCCCCGAGUACCUCAAUGGGGAAGUAGCCGGAGAUUAUGGUUAUGAUCCUUUUGGACUUGGCAAGAAACCAGAAGACUUUGAGAAAUACCAAGCCUUUGAGUUGAUUCAUGCACGAUGGGCGAUGUUGGGUGCAGCGGGUUGCAUCAUUCCUGAGGCAUUCAACAAAUAUGGUGCCAACUGUGGCCCCGAAGCUGUCUGGUUUAAGACUGGGGCUCUAUUACUCGAUGGAAACACAUUAAAUUACUUCGGGAAGAACAUUCCCAUUAAUCUGGUCCUGGCUGUUGUUGCCGAGGUUGUUCUAGUUGGUGGUGCAGAAUACUACAGAAUCACCAAUGGCUUGGAUUUCGAGAACAAGCUACAUCCUGGUGGACCAUUUGAUCCUUUGGGACUGGCCAAGGAUCCAGACCAGUUUGCACUUUUGAAGGUUAAGGAAAUCAAGAAUGGGAGACUAGCAAUGUUCUCGAUGUUUGCCUUCUUCAUCCAAGCCUAUGUGACAGGACAGGGUCCUGUGGAAAACCUUGCAUCUCAUUUGAGCGAUCCUUUUGGAAACAACCUGCUAACCGUGAUUUCUGGAAAUAUCGAACGAGCCCCAACCCUGUAAACUGCGUUUGUGAUCUAGAUGAUGAUGACAUUCAAACCCUCAUGUAUUCUAUAUUUUUGUUUUUAUGAGAAGGGGUUCAAUUGUUGCAGUGGUCAUUCAUAAAUGUAACAAAAUAUUAAAAUUCCUUAAUGUCAACUAAACCAAACAUUCA